UAGAAGGAGGACCCUCCCGCCCGCUUUCUGAACAGUCUCUGGUCCAGCUCUGGCUGUGCGCUCCGUCCUCCCAGCCAGCAGGUGCCCCCAGACCACCGGCUCCUCCUCUGCAGCCGUCAGAGCCUCGUCCUCUCUCCCUCUUUCCGCUGCUUCCUGCUCCCGGGAUCCGGGCCCUGAGCCCCGGGGCCGGGGUUCCCGAGGCUUCCCGGGGCGCUCGGCCAGGUAACUGCGCGGCGGGGACCGCCCGGUUCCCGCGGCCGGGAUGGGCUCCGGACGUGGAUGGCCCGGCCUGCGCGGUCCGCUGCGGGGGAAGGAAGCGGGCAGAUGGCCUGGCCUGGCCUCUGAGGGGAGGGGGUUCCUUCUGCCUUUGGGCGCCGGCGCGGGCGCCGGGUGGGAUGCUGGCAUAGCGGUCCGGCUCAGGUGUGCCCAAGCCGGGCGUGACCACAGUGUAGGUAGGCGCGUCCGGGGGAGAUGCGCUCGCGGUGCCUGUCAGGCGCCGAGGUUGCUGCUCGCUCCAGCCACGCCUGCUCCGAGGCCCAGAGCCAGGUGGGCCCGCCCAGCGCUCCUCCUCCCGAAUCUGGCCCUGGACCGGGAGGAGCAAGGACAGGAGCCUUGGAAUUCUGAGCUGGAACGGCCAUCGGCCAUCUAAAUACCCUGUCAUUCUUUCACCCAAAAGUGAAAAGCCGAAACGCGGAGAUGGAGUGACUUUCCCAAGGUCACAGAGUUGUAUCUGCCAUUUAUAAAUGUCCAUUCUUUUAUUUGUUUGUAAAUGGGCUACCGUGUCCUCUGUUCUGCCAGGGAAUUAGGAUUGAGGGAAGAGGACUCUAAAAAUACUAAUCGGCAUAUCCAAAUGAGCUGAUCCGCAUUACUGGCCGGUGACCCUGGCCUUUAAAAGGAAGUGAGAGAGGACAGUUCUUUUCACUCUGGGUCCUUUGUACCUCUGGCCCUUGCUCUGAAAAUUGGCCUGGAUGUUUUACGAAAUUAUCUCAGAACUCCUUGUCAGAACUGGGCCGGAUCAUAGAGUUAUUUUCAAUCCUUUUCUCUUUCCUUUCUUCUCUCUCUCUCUUUUUUUUUUUUUUUUAAACUGAGUCUCAGGAGGUGAAAGUGAGUGCUCACACUCUUAUGGCUAUUUAGGGGCAGAGACAGAACUGGAACUCAGGUCAAUGACUGACAACUGCUGUUUUCUAAUCUGAUUUCAGAUGAAAGCUGUACAGCACUUGACCUUCAUAAAGCCCUCUCUGGAUAGCAUUCUUGGGAGUGGCUUGUGUAUUGAAGUGUGUUGGUCCACAGAUACUAUUUCACUUGUCAGAAUAGGGUUAAGCAAUAAGUGUAGCCAUGCAGAAAAUUCCUGCUGAGAUGAGACAGAUAUCUGAAAUGUUUUUUACUUUUUUAUUUGUACUUUCAAUAGAGGAGCUAAUGAAUAUUAAUAAGGACAUCUUGGCUAUUUUCAGAUUUUAGUCCUAUCUGACUAUAUUGACUCCAUUACACUCAUUCUUGUCCUGAAACAUUUAUCACCGGUAAAAAUUUCAGUCAGUGGCUUUCUGACGUUGUUUCAUUUUUAACUAAAUAAUUGUCUUAAAGAUAUUUUUAUAUCUUAACAAAAACUCCCCACUUGUACCUCAAAAUCCUGCUUCCCCCUUGGUCAGUCUUUGAGUUGGAUUUCAGAACUGAAUAGAAGUAGGAGUUUAUUUUUUUUCCCUUCCAAACUAUUUAGGUCUUUGUUUAGUUCUGUCUUUAGGUUUACCUCAAGUUUUGAUUUUGACUGAUAAACCCAUGAUCCAAACCCAGACUUCAGUUGAGUUUAGUAUCAGCUUAAAACCACAUUAAACUGCCAUGUGUCAUAUGACUUCUAGCAGAGACCACAAGUGGUGGAGGUGUUUUUCCGUGAGGGCUUCUUAUUGAGAUUUUUGAAAUAUGAACACAUUAUCUAAUACACAUAUUAAAUUACUUGUGUAUUGUAGUCCAAGGUCAGUCAUCACUGGGAGGUUAUUGACAUUUACUCAUCAUAACAACAUAUACCAUAUUAGACCAUCUGCUCACUCAGAAUGCAGUUCCUGCUUUUCGGUUUACAGUUUUGACCAGUUAUCUCUAAGGAACACGCAAUCAGAAAUACAGCCAUGCUUCAGUAGAAGAUUCUUGGCUCUGUAGAUAAGGAAAAAGUGUUUCCAGGAAGGCAAUAUUUUUGUACUGUCUUAGAGUAGAAAUGAAGACGUAUACACAAAAUGACCCAAUGCUGUUUUCUUAGGGUGCAUCCUUUGUUUUUCUGGUUUUGGUCUUUUCAUCGUAGGAUGGCCUUAGCUCUGUGUCUGCAGGCGCUGUGCAGCCUGGGGGGCUGGCUCUCGCUCUACAUUUCUUUCUGUCGCCUGAAUAAUCACCGAAGCUAUGAGUGGAGCUGCCGGCUGGUUACGUUCACCCACGGAGUCCUCUCGAUAGGUCUCUCAGCUUAUAUUGGCUUCAUUGAUGGCCCUUGGCCUUUUACCCACCCAGGCUCACCCAAUACACCUCUCCAAGUGCACGUUCUGUGUUUCACCUUGGGCUACUUCAUCUUCGACUUGGGCUGGUGCAUCUACUUCCAGUCUGAGGGGGCCCUGAUGCUGGCUCACCACACACUGAGUAUCUUGGGCAUCAUCAUGGCCCUGGUGCUUGGAGAGUCAGGCACAGAGGUCAAUGCAGUCCUCUUUGGAAGCGAGAUUACCAAUCCCUUGCUACAGAUGCGCUGGUUUCUUCGUGAAACAGGCCAUUACCAUAGUUUCACUGGAGACGUGGUGGAUUUCCUCUUUGCAGCUCUGUUCACUGGAGUGAGGAUUGGCGUAGGAGCUCACCUCCUCUUCUGUGAAAUGGUCUCACCCAAGCCCAAGUGGUUUGUGAAGGUCGGGGGAGUUGCGAUGUAUGCUGUGUCUUGGUGUUUCAUGGUUAGCAUCUGGCGUUUUGCAUGGAGGAAAAGCAGCAAGAAGUACCACACCUGGAGAAGCAGGCGGAGUGAGGAGCGGCAGGUAAAACACAAUGGACUUCUCAAGACGCACUAGCCAAGGCUUGCUCCAGACAAUGGAUUGGGUUAAGUCAGCCACGGGAACCAGGUUGGAGAUAUGGCUGUUACAGAAUCCUGCUUAUGACGAGCUUAGGUUUCUAAAAAGGGCUAAAUUUAUCCAUCCGUUUGGUCAGUCUUGGAGCGGAACACAUCCCAGUAUUAAAACACUAACUUCUGCAGCUGUGCAGUUGUAGAAAGUGAGACUACCAGCAGUAGUUGUAAGUCAGAACUGUGAGGUGAGCAUGCUGCCUUCCUUUUAAGUUGUGGUGACCCUGGCUCCUUUGUCUCUGGGAGGCUUGGUGAUCAGACAGCCUAGAAAGGAACUCAAAAAGCAUGAGUGCUGUUUCUUCCUUAUUCCUUUGAGAAGUGACUCCUUCAACAAAUACUUCUUCCUACUUUCUGUGUAGCAGCUUAAAGAAAUGCACCUCAUUUACUAUAAAGUGAGGAACUUUCAGGAAGAUACAUGCCUUUGGCAUUCUGAGCAUUGGAUGAGGAAAUUGAAUGGGGGGACAGAAGGAUGAGAGAAGGAUGUGGGUGAAACCGUGAUGGUGGGGGUGGGGCUACUUACUGAGCCUCCCUAUACCAUAUACUUGGUAUAUACCAUAAAGGACUCCCUGUACUUGGGGGUCCCAAGAUCACCCUCAGGCUUGGUGCAGUGGACUCAUAGGACUCAGCACGCAGUUGUACUUGGAGCUUUGAUUUAUUACAGCAACAGGAUACAACAAAAGAUCAGCCAAGGGAAAAGGCACCUGGAGCAGAGUACAGGGGAAACCAGGCCCAAGCUUCCAGAGCCCUCUCCCAGUGGGAUCAUGCAGGAUGUGCUUAAUUCCCCUAGCAACGAUUUGUUCACAAUAUGUGUGAAAUGUCUAGAAGGAAGCUUGUUAGAGGCUAAGUACCCAAGGUUUUAAUGGGGGGCUGGUCAUGUAGGCAGUCUUUUCCUGACUCCCAGAAGGAAAGGAGGUUUUCGCCGUGAACCACAUUGUUUGUAGAAACAGUUUAGAGCCAGUGAGCCAGUCUCAUCAGUUCAUGUGGGAACCUUCCCAAUGAAAUCGAAGUCUUCAGAUGUCAGCCAAGGGCCAACCUUGCAAACAGCCCUUUCCAGGCCUACUAUAUUAACUCUUUUCUGCACAAAAACCAUAGAGCUAGAGCUUUGGAUGAGAGAUGAAUGAGGUGUGGGCAGAUUUACCGGGCCCUGUUGUACGGGUUCUGCCCUACCAGGAAAACUCUGCCAGUUCUCAGGGCUUUUGUGCAUUAAUCUCCUAGGCAUGAGAGGCUGUGACUGAAUUCCAUAGGGAUUUACCAUGUGGAUUCCACUGGGCUUGAGAUGCCAGUUCAGGUUUCAGCUCUGCUAUACAUACUGCAAACCAGAACCAAAGACCAAAUGUCCUGGCCUCAGGGUGAUGAGGCUACUUGUUUUUCUCCAUUUCAGAUACAUUACCUGUUCCUCCUGUUACUACUUUUUCUCUGGAAAAGGUGCCACUCUCUCUGGAUAAUAUAUCAUGGCAAGGCCCGUGUUGGAAAGAAAAAAUAUUUCUUAAUCAGUAGUCUCUCAGCUAGGAAAAGCAAGAACGUAAGUGUAGAGGAAGGGCUUAGGAAUCGAGAAUUCUUCGAUUCUUUGAACUAGUUUGGCUACUCACCUGCCAGAUCAUUUGGGCAGGUCACUUGUUUACUCUGCUUCAGUUUAAACCCCAUUGUCAAUUAAGGAAAUACCCCGUUGUGAAUUUCACAGAGACAUUAGGUGGUGUUUUAUUAAUGCAGGUCUUUAAUGUAGGGCUUUUACGGGGGAAAAAAGGGAAGUUUUAUUUGUUUGUUUGUUGUUUAUUUAUUCAUUUGAUUGCGUUGUUGAGACCAGUGGUGAGCGAGUAGCUCAGCUGAUGAGCGAGGGUAUGGGGAUGUUGAAGUCAAGGCUGGACGUGAGUAGGAAGUAUCAGCCCAUUCAAUGGUAAUCCUAGCCUAAUGAGUGGUCUUGAAGAUGGACGUCAUUGUCUAGGUAUGACCAAGUGGUUGGAACUGCAUGAGGUCAUCAUUGCUCUGAGAAAAGCGGCUUUAAAGGCAUGUUAACCGUGGGUCUUUUAAAAUGACUGUCUUCAGGUUAAGGAGAUUUGCUGGACAUGAGAAUAAUCUGACAGUAGCAUCUCCAUCUCUUUUUUUCUAUGAUCAGUAUCCCUGAAAUGUUAGCUUCUUUCCAACAAAAUUGUGGUCCAAGUAGGAUGCUGGGGAAUGCUGAUUUUAGCAAAAGCCUAGUUAGAAAAAAAAAAAAAAGAGUGGCUUGGCACAAAAGAAAAAAAAAAAAAGAAAAGGAAAAAGCCGUCUCUUGAGUUUUGGCACAGUGCAAGCUGUCCCACACCAGACAAAUGAAUAGACUUAAUCUGGUACCAUUCUUCUCUCCUUCCACCUCAGAAGUGAAGGGAUUGCAGACCUUGCUCUUUUAGGGGAACAUACUUAGGUUUCUUGAAUUUUGAGAAACCUAUCUAGUGAUAAGGGAAGGAGAAUCCCUCAUUUCAGCUUUUCUUGCUGUUGUAGCUGAAAACUCUGAAGGAAACUCGCUGAGAGAAAAAUGUGAAAUGAAGGUGACUCAGCAGUUAAGAUGCUGAGUCUGUACAUGAGAGGUACAUGAAGGGCUAAUUAACAUGUGGUGUGGUUGGACACAUGAAGUACUCAUUUGCAUUUAGAUUACUAUGUAAUAGUCAUUAACACUGCCCAAGAAGGAUUUAUAUUUCAGUGAGAUUUGUACUAAAUUUUAUAAAAAUAAACAACUUUUUAUCAACCCAGA